CAGUUGGUGUCGCGCACCACAGACACGCUUGGAUAAGCCGCUGGAGUCAUUAGAGGAGCCAUCAUGGUGAAGUUUGCACCGCUGUUCAUGCCGUGGGAGCGCAGGCUGCAGACCUUCAUGGUCCUGCAGUGGGUCUUCUCCUUCCUGGCCCUGGCCCAGAUCUGCAUUGUGGUCUUCAUAGGCCUCCUGUUCACAAGAUUCUGGUUAGUCAGUGUCCUGUAUGCGACCUGGUGGUACCUGGACUGGGACAAGCCAUUGCAAGGGGGCAGGCCCAUCCAAGCCCUAAGGCGCUGCUUCCUGUGGAAGUACAUGAGGGACUAUUUCCCCAUCUCGCUGGUCAAGACUGCUGAGUUGGACCCCUCCCGGAACUACCUUGCGGGCUUCCACCCCCACGGGGUCCUGGCGGCCGGAGCCUUUGUCAACCUGUGCACGGACAGCACGGGCUUCCCUUCACUCUUCCCGGGCAUCCACCCCCAUCUGAUGAUGCUGACCCUGUGGUUCCGGGCCCCUUUCUUCAGGGAUUACAUCAUGUCGGGGGGGCUGGUUACGUCGGACAAGGAGAGCGCUGCUCACAUUCUGAACAGGAAGGAAGGUGGCAAUCUGCUGGCCAUCAUUGUAGGGGGUGCCCAGGAGGCCCUGAACGCCAGGCCGGGAGCCUUCACACUGUUGCUCCGGAACCGCAAGGGCUUCGUCAGGCUCGCCUUGAUGCAUGGGGCAGCUCUGGUGCCAAUCUUCUCUUUCGGGGAGAAUGAACUCUUUGACCAGGUUGAGAACUCCCCUGGCUCCUGGUUGCGCUGGAUCCAGAACCGGCUGCAGAAGAUCAUGGGCAUCUCCCUCCCGCUCUUCCAUGGCCGUGGUGUCUUCCAAUACAGCUUUGGUCUCAUACCCUACCGCCAGCCCAUCACCACUGUGGUGGGAAAGCCCAUUGAGGUGCAGAAGACACCGUACCCCUCGCAGGAGGAGGUGGACAAGCUGCACCAGCGCUAUAUCAGGGAGCUGUGUGACCUCUUCGAAGCCCACAAGCUGAAGUACAACAUCCCUGCGGACCAACACUUGGAGUUCUGCUGAGCGCCUCCCCAGAGGGCAGGAUUGGCAUUAGGGAGCCCAGUGGAAGGUGCUAUGAUCUAAGAAGGCUUCCUGGAGACAUCUAUUGAACAUACCUUCACAGCCUUCCCAGACCUCUGCAAAUCCAACCACACCAGGCCCCAAGUCCCAGCCAGUGAGCGGGAGGGGACACCCAGCUCUGGCGUUGGUGAUUUUCACCCCUGCUGCGAAACCCCUGCCAGCCUCCCUCUCCUUGGCCUGCUCCUCUGUGAAUGGAGAGACUGCUGGAAGAGAGGGAUUUCUGAGGUCUCGGUCCCCUGUUGUCAUGUUACUCCAGGGACAGAGAAAGAGAGGGGCCACUGUCACCUGGUUUUUCUUCCUUGACCUUGUGUAAUGGCACAAAAGAAGCGUCUGCUCCAGCCCCAUCUCCUACAAGCUCCCUCAUCCCGCACCCUGGAUGUCUCCGCCCCUCCCUCCCUGUGCCAGAGAGGAGGGGUGGCCUUGCAGUCUCUGUGCUCAUGCUAAGUACCUGUGCAUUUCUGGGUCCUCCGAGCUGUAGACUAGCAGCCACAGGGGCUGGAAAGGUGGAGGAGGAGAACUGUGCUCUGUCACUGCUGUAUGGUGCUGGGCAGCCCUCUUCGCCCUCCUUCUGAGCCUCAGUUUCCCUGACUGACUAAGAUGAACCCUGAGCCUCAGCUCUGACAUUACAGAGGUGGAGAGCUCAUCCAUUGUAAUUUCAGCCCUGACCUUGGCACAGAAAGGUGGGGGGAGGGUCUCCAUAAACAUCAGUUCAACAAAUGAAAGGAUUUUGUUUUAGCCGCCUUCUGUUCCUCCUGAUUCCUCAACAAAGAGGGCUCAUCAAAGCCUCUCUUUGGACCCCCACCCUGGCCCUGUGGCCCUACAGCCACACCUCUACUUCCCAGAAGGUGGGUCGGACAGGACCAGAGAACACCAUGUUGACUCAUCCUUCCUGAUCCGUCAGUCCCAACCUUACCAGCCCUGGUCCUGAUCUGCUGGGCAAGGAAGUUGAGAGACUGUGUUAAGACGCAGGGAAGACCGACACAGAGAAGGAAGACCAGCCGCCGGGAGUGUAUGUUUCUGUGUGUCUGCAGGGUGGGUGACAUGGGGACAGAU